UUGGCGGGUGCCACUGGCAAUGACUGGGCGCAACAGCUCGGCGAGGCACUGCUGGACGUUCACACGGAGUCCCCUGAUCGCGACUUCCUGCUGGGCUAUGAGAAAGGGCCAAUGCCCUACUCUACUGCACUUGCGCAUUUCCGGCGCUGUCUUGUUAAGUAUACAUCCUUGACUGUUGAGGACGCACGCAAAUUCACGCUCCACAGCCUGAAAACUACACUGCUGACCUGGGGCCUGCAGCUGCAAGUGGGAGUUGAGGAGCGGGCAGCCCAAGGACACCAUCGCUUGCGCAAUUCCUCUGGGUGCGUGGAAAAGUACCGCAGAGAUGAUGUCCUACCUGCACUUCGCUGCCAGCGGUCGGUGAUUAAGGCCGUGCGUGCAGGCUGGGUGCCGUGCACAGCGUUGGCCCGUGGGAUAGUGGCCGUGCCAGAAAAGGAUCCGGGCGCCUUGCUGGUGCAGCGGUGUGAGCCGGGUCAGAUGGAGUCUGACACAGAGACAGAAGAUGAAGAUGACGGCUCCGAUGCGUCGAGCAUGCUGGCCGCGGACUGUGAUGAACUGGAUACAGAUAGUGUGCAAAGCGAUGCUCUUUCCGCUGCCUCAGAUGCCGAGAAUGAAGUGCUGCUUGAGGCGGGCCCUUGGAUUUUGAACCUAGUAAGUGGCUGGUAUCAUCGCGCGGUGCGUCGCGAGCCCUCCACGCGUGCAGCAGCAUCUGAGGAAGCGCAGUACGGCAAGGCGUGUCGACCGGGCGGUGAGCUUGGGGAUCGCUACGAAGUCCGCGCAAAGGAUCCAGGCAUGGAGGGCUUUAGCCCGUGCCAUCAGAGCGCAUGGUUGGCUUUGGCUCCAGAGUGGGCGCUGGUGGUCUUGGGUUCGCUACUGACGGGGCCGCUCGCACUUUGGGUGCGUUGCGGUGGCCAGCUGAUGCUGGGUGCGCGCUUUGGGCGCCUGCUUGGUGCCCUCAAGUGGGAUGUCUAUUAUUUCGUGCUUCGCGUUGACUGCGUCUUCGUACGAUCUACCAUGGUGGACGCUGGCGUGUCUGACAAGAUGGCGGAUUUGGUGGUGAAGCUUGGUUACGACUCCGAGGAGCUGUUUUGUGGCGCAUUUGUGGAUCAAGCAGCGUUUGAGUCUUGGCUGGUGAAGCUGCGGAGCAAGGCGGGGGAUACCGAGUUGGAGCGUUUAGAUGACGAUGAGUGGGCCACACACCCUGUUGCAGCCAGACUGCGUGUCUUUUGGAAGAAAUGCCAAAAGCUUCCUCUGCUAGCACUUCAGCCACGGGGUCCAGACGGGGGUGCCUCGACUGCUUCACUUGCUUUGAUGCCAGUGCAAAGUGCCUCCCGAUUGACUCCCAGCGAUCGGGAAAGACUUCGGCGAAAACUCGAAGCAGACUACACCUCCGAGGGGGUGACUGCCGAGACGAUGCCGGCCCUAUGCUACCUGCAAGCCAUCCAUCAGCAGAAACAGGAUAAGCUCUGGGAGUGGUUGCCUUGGCGGCGCAUCUUGAGUGAGGAACAGCUCUUGGAGGUCAAGGCACGGCGCAGCCGCGCCACUCCCGACUCCCAAGCGGAUGAGUGGGACCUUGACUUGGUUGGGGCUGCCUUGCGGGUGCAGCACACUUUGGAGACCAGGGCGCAUGCCUUUGCUAUGGUAGAUGCCUGUCAUUUACACUCUUGGACUGUGUACGUCAAGAAGUUUAUGCACCUGUAUGCCAAGAAGCCGAUGGAGAACUUUCGCCCCCCCACUGUUCUGGAGGCAGAAGCUGCUGACCGCUCCGUAUUGGAGGAGGUGUUCCAGUUGUGCUUCUCGGGUCAUUCCUUGAGCGAUGCUUUAGCGCACGUGGUGGUAGACAGAGAUAUGUUGCGUCAUGUUUUGGUGGAGCGCCCUAAAGCCGGCAAGGUGGAAAAGGUACCGCUGCCCCCAUCACCAUUGCCGCCUCUUCCCCGCCGUCCAGGGCUUGGCAAUGGCAAGCGUCGCCCGUCCGAGGCGCCUCGAGCGCCGGGCAAGCGCUUGCGAAAUGGCGAGUGCUGGGAUUGGGUUGAUGGAAAGUGCUCCUCGAAGAUGUGUCGGUUCAAACACGACUGCGCCGUGUGCGGGGACAAGUCGCACCAUGCAGCGGUGAUGGUGGCGGCGUUUGGUCAGAUGCGGAUUGGAUGUCCCCGCGCAGUAGAUGUCCUUCGGCAGGACGUUGUGGCCUUUCUGAGAAGCAGAGGUUGGCAGUGCACUGCUCGCGUUGCGGAAGGCCAGCCUUUUACGCUUGGCAUCUGGGACGCAUUGCUUGGGUAUCUGCAGGAUUGCGAUGCCGACUUGCCAGACAUAUUACAAAAGGGGGUGCCUACAGGUAUCCUGUCGGAGAUCCCUGCUUCGGGAGUGUGGCAUCCCGUAGACCGGCCUGAGCGACCUUGCCUGGAAUUGUUGGUGCGUGAUGAGCCCUGGGCCUCUGCCACGGAUGAUUCAGACUGUCUUAUGCGUCUGGUCCAAGCCGACAUCGAUGCCGGGUUCGCAGAAUGGAGUUCGGAUCCGCGACUUGUUGGCGACAGUUCUGUCUCCAAUGCGAACCUGCUGUGCCGUAUUCUGGAGAAAGUCGAGCUGCCCUCACUCUUUGACGUGUCCGAGUUCCUGUCUCGGGCCUGGACGGCCUUCUCGUUGGAUGUGGCCAAGGCUCAUAAGCGGAUCAGGAUCGAUCCGGCCGAACGAGGGUUCUCAAUUUUUGUGGCAGUUGACAAGCAGGGCCGCAAGCACUGGUUCGUGGAUAACACGGCGCAUUUUGGGGCUUCCUGGGUGGGCUAUUGGUGGGCCCGUGCGGCUGGCGCUUUUGUGCGCUGCGCACAUGUUCUUCUUCAUGACAGUCAUUUUUUGGUUAUAUAUGUUGAUGACCUCUUGGCGUUGUUUCCUCGACAUCGAGCGCCGUUCUUGGCUUGUCUGUGCAUCAUGCUGGCGACGUCCAUGGGAGUUCCAAUCUCCUGGAGAAAGUUGCAGCUGGCAGACUCGCUGCGGUGGAUCGGCUGGGAUAUCUGCCUGGGGAGGCGGCCAGCGGCUACGCUACCUUUGGAUAAGCGUGCUGUGCUGCUAGCCGUGUUGCAGCCGCUGCGUUCACCUGGCGCCAGUGUCACUCGCCGAGACCUUCGCAAGCUUGUGGGCCGUCUUUGCUGGUUCACAGCGGGGCUCCGCUGGUUGCGGCCCUGGCUGGCUAUGUGGUUCCACGCGCUAGCAAAGCCCAAGUUGCGCCUGCAGUGCCUUGACCGUGAGCAGAUCGAGGAGGUGGCUGGCACGCUAGAUGACACCAUGCUUGUGUCCUGGCCGUGUGCCACAUCUGAUGUCCAGGCUGGCGUGUGCUUGAAGCAUCCAAUCGCCUCGGAUUCGGGGACGGUGGUGUUGAGCUCGGAUGAGGCCCGUGUAGCUUCGUUCUUCCUCGAUGUGGUGAAGGCCAAUGUGCCAGUCCAACUAGCCACUACUGCCGGAAUUUCGGGCGCGGCAGCAGCGGAUGCGUUCGCUGAGGGUGACCAGGCUGGAUUAGGCGGGUGGUGGAUUGAGCCGGGCGAGCACAUUCAUCCACGCAAUAUCCGUUAUUUUGCCAUAUCUCUUCGGCUGCGUGACCUGCCAGCAUGGUUCCUCAAGCCAUUGGAGAAGGGAGACCGCAACUUGCAGCCACUAAUUGCUGCGUUUGAAGCUCUGGCCCAGCUUGUCCUCUUGGAGUGUCGGUGCUUGUCUUUGCCCCGAACAGGCGACAUUGGCUGGCUGGCGAUGCGACAAGAAUGCGAUAAUAUGGGCGUCGUUGGGGCCUCUGCAAAAGGAAUGUCCCUCAAGGAGCCUCUCGCGUCCGUGCUGCAAUCGGCAGGGCUAUUUUGUGCUGAGCACGGCUUGGAUCUGCGUAUUACACAUGUCGCCGGAGUGCGGAAUAAGUGGGCGGACGCCUUGUCGCGUGGCUAUGCGGUCGACGCUGAAUUUUGGGACAUGCUGGAUGAGCGCCGCAGGGUGCGCCCCGAUUGGAGGCGGCUUUUGGAGCUGGGCCGAUGCCCGGUCAUGCCCCGUGGCUUGUGA